AUGAUUAUCUCAGCAAAUACGCUCCUGGCACCCGGUGACGGUGACGUCGGGGCCCAUGCCGCCCCUCCUUCACCGGCGGCCUUUUUUUCUUCGUUGGUGGUGAGCAGCUUUGUCGGUUUACUGUUAAUUUUCUCUUUGGCUCAGCAAUUGAUCAAUGUCCAUAUAAUUCUAGGUGUGAUUCAAUCACGAUAA